AUGUCAAAUCUACUAGCGCUCGCAAUUCUCCUCCUCUCCAGCACACCGGCGCCGACGGCCGGUGACCAGUCCUUCUGCAACGAUGCCCCGUACAAGCGAGACAGCAUCUACAUGUCCAACCUGAGGUCGCUCGCCGGAGCACUGAUCGGGGACGCCGCGAGGCUGCACUCGGCCACCGGCGCUGCCGGGAAGGACCCUGACAGGGUCUACGGCGCCGUGCUCUGCCGGGCGGACUCCGCGGGUGCUGACUGCGCCAGGCGCCUCCGGGAUGCCCUUGCCGCCAUCGACGGCGACGGGCGCUCACCUUGCGCGCUCCACAGGGACGUGGCCGUCUACUCCGAGCUGUACCAGCUCCGUUUCUCCGACCGGAACUUCCUCGCCAACUUCAGCAACGCGCCGGAAUGGGUCGACGUCACGAACCCAGACCUCGUGCCGCUCGCCGUGGCCGCGCAGUUCGACGAGCGGGUCAUGGAGCUGUUGGGCGCGGUUGCUGACGCCGCGGCAGGGCGACCGGGCAGGUGGGCCGUCGGCGAAGCACCGUGGUCAUCGUCCGGGGACAGGGACCGGACGGUGUACGGGCUGGCGCAGUGCACGUGGGACAUGCCGCCGGACCACUGCCGGGCCUGCCUUGGUGGCGUCAUGGCGGAGAGGCGACGCAAGAUCGGCAGCGGCAAGAUGGGCACGGCGGUCUUCGGGGCGCGGUGCACCUUGCGGUAUGAGAUGGACGUGCAGUUCUUCAACGUCACUGGCAACAGCAAGAUGGUGUCCCUACGGAAGAAGAAAGACCGUGCGUUCUUCAUCAUUGCAACAGCUUACACUUCGGCAGUCCUCUGUACACGCUUGUUUUUCUGGCUGCUAAGCGUCUGGAGGAAACAAAAAAGGAAAAUGGACUUGACGGAGGAGCCCCAGAAUAUGGAUGAAAUACUGAGGUUAUGGAGGAUUGAAGAUGCUAGUUUAGAGUUCUCGUUUUAUGAUUUCUCUCAGAUUGCUGAUGCUACAGACAACUUCUCACCCAAAAAUAUACUAGGAGAGGGUGGAUUUGGCCCAGUUUACAAGGGAGUAUUUCCUGAUGGACAAGAGGUAGCAAUAAAAAGACUGUCUGCUCGGUCACGGCAAGGUCUAAUAGAGUUCAAGAAUGAGAUCCAGAUUAUAGCAAAACUUCAGCACAAAAACCUUGUUAGACUGCUUGGUUAUUGCAUCCAUGAAGAAGAGAAGAUGUUGAUCUAUGAAUACCUGACGAACAAAAGCUUGGACCACUUCAUUUUUGAUCCAAUCAGACAGGCAUCGCUUAAAUGGAAGAGACGAAUUAAAAUAGUUGAUGGUAUAGCCCAGGGACUCCUGUACCUUCACAAUCUCUCACGAAUACGCAUCAUCCAUAGGGACUUGAAAGCAAGUAAUAUCCUGUUAGACUCUGAUCUAAACCCUAAGAUUUCUGAUUUUGGGAUGGCAAGGAUAUUUCCAUCGGAUGCCACUCAAGCAACAGCCAGCAGACUUGUGGGAACAUAUGGAUACAUGGCUCCUGAAUAUGUAUCUGAUGGCCUUCUCUCGAUCAAGUCAGAUGUUUUCAGUUUCGGGGUCCUGCUUCUUGAGAUUAUAAGUGGAAAGAGGAGCUCAGGUUUUCAGCACAAUGGAGAGUUUUACAACCUUCUUGAAUACGCCUGGGAACUGUGGAAAGAUAGGAGAUCGAAUGAGUUCAUUGAUCAAUCAUUUGGUGAUGACUAUGAAAUGGAAGAGCUGAUGAAAUACCUUGCUGUGGCAUUGCUGUGUGUUCAAGAAAAAACAAUAGAUCGUCCCACAAUGCCUGAUGUUGUUGCAAUUCUUAGCAGUGAUGGCAUCACUUUGACAGAACCAAAGCAGCCAGCUUACUCCUAUGCAAAAUUAGAUGUGUCAGUAAAUGUCGCUGUAUUGAGUAGCAGAAAUGAUGUAACCAUCACUACUACAAAUGGCAGAUAA